CGGACCGUUGUUCAUUCACCUCUUCCGGCGGGUCUCUGCGCGGGAGGACGUGCAACGUAUCACACAGCUCGUGGAUGAGCAGUUUAGGCCAGGCGAGACCUUCGUGGCAAAAUGCCUCCGAUUGCGUGUCUGCUGGGUUGUGGGCAGGGGCCACUUCCGCGGCACCAAACAUCCUGGUCGCAUACUCCUCCAUUUUGUCCAGGAAUUCAUUAACCACGAGGACUAUUGCGGCCCCAACAUCCAUCCAGUCUAUAGCCGACACGUUAACAUACUUUUCAACAGUCGCCAAGACACAGGGGCUGUACAUAAGUAUAGUUUUCGCCUCCCCCCAGUGUUUGUUGUUGAGCCUAUCCGCAGGUUUGUCUUCCGCCAACGAGAAGAUCUUGACCAAAGUCCACUCCGUGAGGAAUUUUAAUUUCUACUUAACCUCGUCAUUGGUGGCCAGCGGAGGGGGCGGGGGGGCGGGCUGUCUCUGCAUAGUUCAGGCGGCGCUGGUACUGCCACCUGGAUGUCCAUGUCUGUCGGCAGCUGCUGAUGAUAGGCUUCAGCCCCCUCUGCGGCCGAGAUGUCCAUAUCUUGAGCAUGGCCGUCUUCAAUGCGAAGACUUCUACCUAUCGUACAGCUCUGCAGCUGCUGCUCCGGGGCCAGCGGCAUGUGUUCUUGCAGUACGGCUUGCUGCUGCCAAAAUGCCUGCAGCUGUUCCUGUUGCUGGUGUAGAACUUGUUGUUGUUGACAACACAGCUGUUGUUGCCACUGCAAGUGCAUGUGUUGGAGGAGCUGUUGUUGUUGUAUCAUCCGCUGUUGGUGCUGCUGUUGAUGGUACUGCGCGAGUUGGGUUUGCAACAGAAUGUGGUACUGCUCUUCGUACUCUCUCUGUCGCAUGGCCUGUUGUUGCUGGAGCUGGUGGGCCUGUUGUGCUGUUUGGUGCAGCACUUGGAUUUGCGCUUGGUGCAAGCAUUGCUGCUGUUGCAGUUGGGCUUGCUCCUGCCGUGCCAGCUGUUGUUGCUCAUUUUGCCAUGCUUGAUGUUGCUGCUCAAAGUGCAGCGUGUGUAACUGCUGUUGGUCAAGAAGGGGCACUUCCAAUUGUAGUUGUUGGGCACCCUGUUGUCGCGGCAGUUGGCGUGAUUGGUGAGCGCCAUCGCCCAACUGUUGUGCAUCAGUCAUGCAGUGGUCCCCGAGAGGCUCCCGGGACGACGGUAGUUGUUGUCGUUGCUGUUGCUGCGACUAUUGGGAGGUGGCACCCAGUUGCUGUGUAUCCUCCUUGCUUUUGUCUGCGAGAGCCUGCUGUGUACGGCUGUGACUGUAGUCGGGGUGGGGGCCGGACGAGUGGCACUGCUGUCGGGCAUGGUUUUGUGAUUGGUGUUCCAGGGGGGCGGUCAGGAUCUGUUGCUGGGGCAUGUGCAAAUGCUCCUUGUCCCACUGCAGCUCCCCCACUUCCGGUCGAAGGUGUAUUAGAUCAGGGGGCUCUGGUUGGAUAGACCCCUGGGGGAGCUGCAGUUGCUGAUCCACUCCGUCCGUCGAUAGGUGCUGUUGCAGGUGGGCGGUUGGAUGAGUAGCCCCUUUCGGUCGGGCACACUCCAGGGUGUGUUGUUGCUUUAUCACGGGUACGAUCAAUUGUUGGGGGGCCGGUUUAGGAGUGGCAACGGUCAGUUGUGCGACAGGUAUGAACUUCUUCUCCCCUGUGAUCUGACAGACCACUUCUAAUACGCGAGACGGCGUUCCCGAGAUC